GAGCCCUUUGCAUUCUCAUUGGCUGCCCCAGGCUCAGAGCUGGGAGGUUUCUCUCCCUUCCUCUUCUGCAGCCAGCAACUUUAGCCUACAGACUCUCACCCUGAAUCUCACAAUCACGAGCCUGCCCUAUGAAACGGAAAUGGAGCACCAAACAUCCAGCAGAUUCAAUUGCACAGAAAGGAUGGGACAACCCCUGCUUGGUCUAUUGUAUCGGAAAAGGAACCUUGGUUCCUUCUACUCUGGGUGUAAAGUUACCUGCUUAAGACCCAUGACGACUGGCCUGGCUACUGGAGUGGAUGCCCCGUGCACACAUCAGAGAGAUCCUACCAGCCCUUUCCUGGACAGAGAGAGGGUUUACGGGGAGCUGGUCAACCAGACAAAGAAUAUCACCGAGCUGGCCCCCUACUCCCUUGAUAGCGACAGUCUCUGCAUUAAUGGUUCUGCAGUAACCACACUCAUCCCAGCAACAUCUCUGUCUCCCUCACCAUUUGCCAGCACCACAGCCCAUGGCCACAGCCUGGAGGCAUUCACCUCGAAUUUCACCAUCAAUAACCUGAUCUACACUGCAGAAAUGGAGCACCCAGACUCCAGUGCAUUCACUACCACUGACAGGAUCCUACGGCAUCUGCUUGGCCACUUAUUCCAGAACAGCAGCAUUGGCCCCUCCUAUUCUGGAUGCAAGCUGACGUUCCCGAGACCUAUGAAAGAUGGAUUAGCAACCAGAGUGGGGGCCUUGUGCACCUACCAGAAAGACCCUAACAGACCUGUCCUGGACAGAGAAAGGCUUUACGGGGACCUGAGGAACCAGACAUAUGGCAUCUCCAUGCUGGGCCCCUACUGCCUUGCUAAGGACAGUCUCUAUCUCAAUGCUCCUGGCCUAACUACCAUAGCACCACCUGCAAUCCCUCUGGGACCCACAGGACCUGGAUACUGGACAGCCAGUGACCCCAGACUGCAACAUUUUACUUUGAAGUUCACCAUCACUAAUCUACGGUACACUGCAGAUAUGGGACACCCAGGUUCUACCACAUUUAACGACGCAGGAGGGGCCCUCCAGCGACUGCUGGGCCCCUUGUUCAGGAAUAGCAGCAUUGGCUUAUAUUACACUGGAUGUGGACUGAUCUCUCUGAGACCUGAGAAGGACGGACUAGCAAGUAGAGUGGACGCUCUAUGUGUCCGGCAGAAAGGCCCCACGAGCCCAGUGUUCGACAGAGGGAGGAUUUACAUGGAAUUGAGCAGCCAGACUCAUGGCCUCACUAAGCUGGGACCUUACACAUUGGAAAAAGCCAGCCUCUGCCUCAAGGGCUAUUCAUCCCAGAGUACCCCUGGAGAAGGGGAAUACCAGGUUGACUUCAGGAUUAUCAACCACAACCUUAGCAACCCUGAGCCUACGUCCCCGGAGUACCAAGCACUGCAGAGAGACAUCCAGGACAAGAUGACACAGCUGUAUGCAGGCAGCCAGCUCCAGGACAGAUUCCCCUACUGCCUCAUCACAGGCCUCAGGUUGGGCUCUGUGUAUGUCACCUGCAACUGCAGCUUCUCCUCCAACCUGGAUCCUGACACCAUCGGACAAGUGUUUCUGGACAGGACUCAGGAUGCCACAGCCCACUGGCUCAGGGACUCCUAUAAGCUGGAUAACCUCCAAGUGACAAAACUGGAACCAGCCGCCCCACUGUCUACAGCUAAGCCACUGAUUGACCCUAGGCCCCGACACUUCCAAUUGAACUUCACCAUCACCAGCGUGCUCUAUUCCCUGGACUUGUCACGCCCUGACUCAGCCAAGUAUCAAGGGAACCAAAAUGGCAUUGAAGAUGCGCUGACCCAGCUCUUCAGAAACAGCAGUAUCAAGAGCUAUUUCUCUGACUGUCAUGUGCAGACCUUUAGGCUUGUCUCUCCCUUCUUUAGGCUUGCCUCUCCCAGACACCUCACAGGAGUGGACUGUUUAUGUGACUUCACAUCAGCCGCUCAGGCCCGGAACUUUGACAGGGCCGCUAUGUACGAAGAGUUCCUCAGACUGACCCACAAUGGCACUCGGCUACAGAACUUCACCCUGGAUCAGAACAAUAUCCUGGUGGAUGGCUAUUCUACCAAGAAAAUAGAUGGAAACACUAAGAAAAUUGACCUGCCCUACCUGGCCAUCAUUCUUAUCUGCUUGGCUAUGCUCCUGGGGCUCAUCCUUAGUAUUAUGUGCUGCUUCAUGGUUAGCACGGGCCUGAGGAAAAACAAAGGAGAUUAUGAAGUCCAAAGAUGAACAACCAUCACCUCUUACCUCUCCCAUCUAGACCUGAUGAAAAUUAAUAAUGGACUGUGAUAAAAAUGCAGCAGAGUGAACCCAAACACCUUGGCCCCUGGCCCUGGCCACAAUCCUGGUGUGGGCUGGGCUUGGGCUGGAAUAAACACUGGGCCUCGCUCAUUCUGGAUUGGCCAGAACACCAACUCUGCCUGUUUCUUACCAUUUGCCCCGGUGUGGGUGACUCCUCAAGUGAGUCUACAGGAACUGAGGAGAGAGAAGACCCUCCCCUAGGGCCUAGGGUCCCUUGCACCUCCUCAGGGGUCAUCACUCCUCUCUGGCAGUCUUCGAGGCUCUCAUCUGCCCCGUCCCCAAAGGCGAGGAAGCCGAGCUUGGAGGAUGGAUGAAGGAAAAGCCCAGCAUCCACACUGGUCCUGAACACAAUGGGUAGGGCUAAUUGACCAGAUACGCACUAUUUUCUCACCCCUAAAAGACAAAUUGGCUAACAAUUAUGCACCACUGGAGUAACCUGAGUUUAGGAAACCAGAGGACAUUGGAUACAUUGGUGCCAAGACCCUUCCAAUCUGUGAUUCCUCCAACCCUUGGCUUCAUAUCAACCCACAACAACCCUGAUCUCCCUUUGCCACUGUGACCUGCCUCUGGGACAUGAGCAUCCACCUAUCCCUGUCUUCUAAGGGCUCUGCCUUGCCCACCAGCUUCACAUCACCCUUGCUCAAACACAUCCCUCUAUUCCUUGGCAGCCUCCCAUCUGGCCCCUUCUAUUCAUCCUUCCAUUAAGAUUCCCCAGCUGCUUUCUGUCUACUGUGGCUACCUCCUCAGGCUCCCACUGGGACCUCCAAACCAACUUCCCACCACCCUCUUGUUGUGACCUGUCCACCAGGCCUUCAUGGCUUUAACUCCCUAUGACCUUUCCCUCCCAUGACUGGCCCCUUCCUCUGACCUUCCCCCAAGCCUCCCAUUACCCUUCACCUGGCGCUGCCUCACACCCUGAUCUCCCACCUUCAACAAGGCUCCCCUUUCCACUAGUUCUAGCUUUCUCCCUUACAAGCCUGUGUCACCUUGGACAAGCUGCUUUCCUUCUCUGGGCCAGUAAAAUGAGACUUGGGCUAUACAGCCCAAGGAAGGAAGAUACCCCCAGCCCUGACGCUGAGCCUGUGGGGAGAUUCCUCCUCACCACCUCCCUUCCUUGAAUUCUCUUCCCCAUCUGAGUUACCCGCCACCUCAGGGCAGCAUCAUGGGCUCCCCAAGACCUCAGCUCUGAGCAGGAGUAGGUAGGGUCAGGGUCAAGGUCAAGUCAGAUGGAGAGCAGCAACAUGCUGUCUCAGUCUCGGACUGACAUGGAGGCAAUUGGUCCCCUGAGAUUCCCUAGUUUCACAGGUUGAGAGCUGGCUCCAGACCAGGCACAGCUGCACCAGAGCCUGCCUUCCAGUGCCCAGCAUCCUCUGACUCCUAUCUCCACUGACCUAUCACCAUCCUACCCACACAGCCAGGAGACAGGCCACCUUCCAGUAGAAAGGUUGGGGCUAACCCAUCAAGAUUGUCACAUCUCCAGGGAGUGCAUUGAGUUCCUUUGUCAAAAAAAACAAACAACCUUUUAUUUAACAAACAUUUGACUUUCUCUCCUUCCCACUAAUGCCCCCAUCCGCCACUGAAAAUCAAAACCAAAAAAACCCUUGUAACAAACAUGCAGAAUCAAGCAAAACAAAUCUCUACACUGACCAAAUGCCUCAAUGUGCACCUUGAGCCUGUCACCUCUCUGAGGAGAUGGAUAGUACUCUUCAUCCCUGGUACUCUGGGUGGUGACUGCCCUGAGCAGAGUUCUUAAUGUCUUUCUAAGCUCUUAAUCUUUACAGUGUUGUAUAAAAUAUAAAUACUUCUGGUUCUGUUCACUUCAUCUUGGAUCUGUUCAUAUAAAUCUUCCCAGGUUUCUCUGACCCAUUCGUCAUUUCUUUCAGGGCAGUCAUAGUCCAUGACAUUUAUUGGGCUAGAAUUUGUUUGGACAUUACUUCCACUCAGCCAGAAGGGCAAUUGUGCCACCCCCAAUAACCCAGGGUACACCUGGCAUGCCAGCAAGUUGCCUGGCUGCUAUCCUUCUGUGGAUAGGGGGUGCCUCAGGACAAGGUUUGCUAUUCUCCAUCCACACAGUCCUCCAGUGAAUUUAGGUACCAGAAUUCCUGGUUUUAGGGGCGUUCAAUAAAAGAAAAACAGCUCAGUGGUCAAGUUGAAAGAGGUAAAAUCAGCUAGCAAUUAGCAUUGAAAUACAAAUGACAUGGUGCGUGGAUUGACAUUUUGGUGGGAAUCUCAGCACAGAUUUCAUGUCUAUUCUGUGUGUUCCAGAUUUGCAAACUCCAAUUUGACUUCAUAGGAAUCCCUUCCGGGCCAUAAUUUCCUACAGAUUUUGUCCUACAUAUCAGAAUUCCUGCUUACGACUCUGCUCAUGUACAUAAAUACACACACACACACACACACACACACACACACACACACACACACAGAGGGAGACACCAUUAAGAAAACCACAGGUUCUCCAACACAUAUGGUUAAUACACUUCCAGGGCUGUGAGGAUAGGCACCUGUAGAGUCUUAGCAUUUGGUGCCUUUAUAGCAAUUUCUUUUUUAAAAAUAAUAUUUUAUUUUUUCCUAAUUACAUGUA